AUGUCACGAAUUAUCGUGAAAAAUAUCCCAAAUGGGUUUGAUGAAUUGAAACUUCGCAACCACUUCAGUGCGUGUGGUAUAGUUACAGACGUACAAUUGAAGUACACACCUGAAGGUAAAUUUCGUAAUUUUGGCUACAUUGGAUACGAAACAGAGGAGCAAGCUAACAACGCAAUCAAACACUUCAAUAACAGCUUUAUUAGAACUUCAAAAAUUAAUGUCGCAACUUGCGUUGCACUUAAUGAAUCCAAACAUCUUAAGACUUGGAGCAAACACUGUCAAAAACCAACGGAUUCAACCAAAAAACUCGAAGAAACCCCAGCGCCAUCAAAUAUAGCUAAAACAAAGGCACCGAACGCGAAAGACGUACUAGAAAGCUACAAGGAUGACCCUAAAUUUCAAGAGUUUAUUGACGCACAUAAACGUGCCGGCAAAUCAUUAUGGGACAAUCAAUUUCAAAAAUCAAAUAUAUUACCGACGACCGCAUUCAGUGACGAAAAUUCAGAUAGUGGCAACGCUGAAUCCGAUCAAGAACAACCAACAGUCAUCAAGAAAACACAGGAAACAAAGAAAUCAUCAAAAACAUCAAUGAUUCCAUUAUUUGUUGCAAAAGUGCACAAUAUACCGGCGUCAACCAAACGGCAAGAUUUGAUACGGUUUUUCAAAUCUGCAAAACCCUAUUCGGUUCGAAUUCCUCCCAAGCUCAAGGGGUUUGCAUAUGUGGGAUUCAAAACAGAAAUCGAUCUAAACAAAGCUUUGUUGAUGAACAAAAGCUUUCUUGGAGGAAAACAAGUAAAAAUAUAUAACUUUUAUUCGCGAAGCGAGCAAAUUUCUGAACCAAAGGGAGAAAAACAUCAAAAGUUAGCAAAAUGGGAACGUCAAAAAGCGAAUAAAUCCACAGAAACUAUUUGUGAGUCUGGAAAGCUAUUUUUCCGGAAUCUUAGCUAUUCCGUGCAGGAAGAGGAUAUUCGCAAGAUUUUCGAAAAAUAUGGACCCGUUUCUGAAGUUGAUGUACCAAUUGAUUCCAGCACACAAAGAUUGAAGGGAUUUGGAACUGUUACAUUUCUGAUGCCAGAACAUGCAGUUAUGGCGUACAAUGAAUUGAACGGCACUUUUCUCCAGGGUCGUAUGUUUCACAUUCUUCCAGCAAUCGUUCAGUAUGAAGAUAACAUUGAAGGUAGUGAUCCUGAAAGUAGUAACUAUAAAAGGAAAAAAGCGCAUGGACUUAGAAAAACAGCACAAUUGACUCACAACUGGAAUACGCUGUUUAUGGGAGAAAACGCUGUCGCUGAAGCGGUUGCGCGGAAAUAUAGUACGACUAAGGAAAAAAUUCUACUCUCAUCAGAAGGCGAAUCAAGCGCGGCGGUUCGACUAGCACUCGGCGAGACAGAACUUGUCAUAGAGAUGCAAAAUUUUCUACAGGAAAACAACAUAUCGUUGGACGCAUUUAAUUCGAAAGACGUGAAACGUUCAAACACGAUAAUACUAGUAAAAAAUCUGGACCCUAGAUGCUCUAAAGAAGCAUUGCGGAAUUUGUUUAGCCCCUUUGGAAUAUUAGGGCGCGUGGUUCUUCCUCCAAGUGCCGUAACUGCUGUCGUUGAAUUCCUCGAUCCAAGCGAAGCUAGAAAAGCAUUUAAAAAACUUGCAUACACCAUGUUUCAAUCACUACCAUUAUUUCUGGAGUGGGCACCGCAGGAUACAUUCAAAAUCCCGUUCCAAGGUGCAUCUGUAGUAGAUGUAAAGAAUCCUGACAAACAAAACUCUAACAGUAACGUUAGAAAAGAUGCAAUAGAUAGCAACAAUUCAGCAUUCACAGCAACUGACACGAAUAGCGAGGCUUUUGACGAAACCACAGAACCAGAGGAUGGUACAACGUUGUUCAUCAAAAAUCUGAAUUUCAUUACGAGCGAAGUUACCAUUAGGGAACACUUCUGCGGUAUCGGUACCAUCCAUUCCGUACAAGUGGUACGUAGUCGGGAUCAUUCAGGAGCAGACCGCAACGAAAGCCGAGGAUAUGGUUUCAUUCAGUUUAAGAAGCGUCAAGUAGCAGAAAAUGCGCUUAAAAAUCUUCAAUUCACCCUAAUUGACGGACGCCAAGUCGAGCUUGCCCGAAGCGACCGCACGCUUAAAACGGCACAUGAUAGCUUGGAGUGUAAAAAAUUGCAAACAGGUAGCAAGAUCGUAGUGCGAAAUAUACCCUUCCAGGCAAGUGCAAAUGAAGUGCGGGAUCUGUUCAAACCCUUUGGUGACAUUAAAUCUCUUCGCCUACCAAACAAGAUGGCAGCAAGCUUGGACGAGAGUCAUCGAGGUUUUUGCUUUGUCGAGUUUGUGAGAGAACCAGAAGCCAAGCGAGCAUUCGAAGCUCUUGGUCGUAGUACCCAUCUGUAUGGUCGACGGCUUGUGCUAGAAUGGGCUGCUCCAGACGACGGAAUAGAGGAGUUGCGUAAACGAACCGCGGACCAUUUUCACCAUACCGAAGGUGCAUCCGCCACUGCUAAGCGAAGUUCCAAUCACAGAGGUUUGAUGAAUGCCAACGAGUUCGUUGCUUCAAGUGCUUCGAAUCGGAAAUCAUUCAAUGACGACGAAGAAGAGUUUGACUAAAAAUUGUGUGGAUUCAUGCUAGAGAGGGAUAGCGUAAAUGCGAUCGGCAUUAAUUGAUGGUUCAUUUUCAAAAUUUACUGCCGAUAUCUUUUUAUUCCUUCUGUUAGAUUCAUGUUACGUUCUGUUACACAUGUGUUGAAAUGCAAAAUAUGUUGACAUGUUGAACGAUGAAAACUUAUGGUAUGGAUUAUAAUGCGAGAUACAAAUUUGUUCAUUUUUCUUUAGGGCUGUUGGUUACAUCCUCAAUCUUUGCUGUGGAACCUUGAGUAGUGUUAAGCUUAUAUAUACUAUAAUUUAGUGCGCUAGCAAACGCACACCAGGCAAAGUACGGUACGAACAGAUAUCCAGCCAAUUUGUUCGUUUGAUAGAAAGCGAUACCUGUUGCCGCCACAGAUCCAGUGAGAGCUAGUAUUUCCACAAAACUCUGUCAAUACGAAGUAAAUAAAUAAAGUGCACAA